CAGCUUUCUCGUUCUCUUCUCUUUUCCUCAGGCUAGUGAUGAUUGUAUCAAUAACAAACAAUGAUAGGAAGAGGCUGAUUUCUCCGGAUUCGGAGAGCAUGAUCUCAAACAUUGAUAUUCAAAUCUGAAGCCGCACUUGAAGGAUGGGUAUAAUAAUUCUUCUGGCAUUGUUUUUCAGUCUCGGUCCUUGCUUUGCACCUCUGGCUCCUUGGAGUCUUCUUCCCCCUGAGCCCCUGUAUUCCUAUAUAUAUAGCCGGAACCUUGUCUCUCAACACUACUCAGUCUGUUCGAUCUUGCUGGAAUACGCUACAUUGAUGGCUAGGACGGCCUUUGGGACCUGGGAUUGGGAAAUGGGAGUGCGAUACCAUGCUCCUUGCAUCUGUUGCUGCCAAGUAAGGGGAGCGGCCACAGAUAUUUAAAAGGGGCUGGUUUCUCGAUUGCGCAGAGAUCAAGCUUACACAUACGUUACUGAGAGUCAUAGAAAGGAA